GAAGCGCUCUCCGUGCUCUCAGCUGUCAAAACAAAAAAGCAGGAACUGCGACGUAUCGUUACAGAUAUGGAGGAGCUGGUGCAGGAUCUGGUGUCUGCAUUGGAGCAGACCUCGGAGCAGGUUGAGCUGGAUGAUCUGUGGCAGGAGAUGGUGCUCAGGCCACUGCAGCACCGGCGCCAGGUUCGCAGGCGGAGGGGCCGCAAACGACGCUGUGAUUUUGAGCACAGCCUCUGCCUCAGUGAAGCAUCUGAGUCCAGCCUGGAUGAAGCCUUUGUGAGAGAACAGAGACACGGGGCUGCAGGAGCUGUGGCCAUAGCAGCAGGUCCUGUGCUGGCUGCUAACCACAGUGAUUCCGAUGACACGCUGAUUGUCAAGCGCUGGACUCCAUCAUCACUGUCCUUCCGUACCAGACAGCAUUCUUGGCCAGAGUCAGACUCAUUCACAGAGAACACACCAGGAAGACCUCUGCGCAGACGCCGCAAAGUCAAACGCAUGCCACCAAACGUGAAUGUAAACGUGCAGCAGAGAUUUAGAGUGUGUGGAUUGGAGAGAGGUGAACAAACCCAUCGUCAUUGUCACCACCACCAUUAUCAUCAUCAUCAACAUCAUCAUCAUCAUCAUCAUCAGAGGUCCUAUAAGAAGCAGAGACUGAGCCGGCUAAAAAAGCGCUCUGGGGGCUGGUCUAAGCAGGACAACGGCUCUGUGGGGGCUGGAGUGGGAGGCUUGUCUCAGGAAUGCUGGAAGGACAAGAUCCUGCGCCAGGCCAAGGAGAAGAAAGAGGCGUCUGAUGAGAACAUGUCAGAAUGUGAGACGAGUAGCGUGUGCAGCAGUGAUCCUGGUCUUUUCACCAAUGAUGAGGGAAGGCAAGGUGAUGAUGAACAGAGCGACUGGUUCUUUGAAGGUGAAUGUGCAUCAGGCAUUGGUGUUCAGGGCCUGAUCUCCAGCAGAGAGUCAGAAACAGCCCCCAGAGCCGCUGCACUCGACGCUAUGAGAGAGAACCAUCGCUCGGCUACUUUCCUCCACCCGAGCCAACCCAGUCAGAGAGGUUGUCAUGCUCGUAUAAACCGUUUGCCAGGUGUGACUGCGUGCUGCAUUAGAAAAGGCAGAAGGAGAUUGCCUGCCAAGGAUAAUAAUAUUACUGCUUGUGUGGACAAGCUGAGGAACUACUCACAUGAUUCCUAUCAGAGAGAGUUUUGGCUGCCCCCCUAUGGGAAGCGAGAUAGAAGACAGCUGAAACCUUUGUGUUCAUUGUCUAUUGGCAUGGGUCCAGACGCCUCCCAUCCAAGAUGCUCCAUAUCUGAAUGUAAAAACAGACAGCGUAGUGCACAUCUAGGAGUGCUGUGUGGAGGAGACAUCAAGAGGCGGAGGAAAACUGUAGCAUUUCCCAAUGCCACUUCAGAAUUGUGGACACUUGAAAUACACAGCUCAUUAUUAUUAACCGUUAUUAUUACACAUUUCAUAUGCAGCUCUCAGUAGAUUUAAUCAAGUCCACAGUUCAUUUUGGAACCCCAGUAUACAUGUGACCGGAAAAUCCCUGACUUUUGCAAGCAGUCCUAGAAAGAGGAAGAUGACGAGAAGAAGUGCGGAUUGAAAACGGCGCCAUUCAUGAGCCUCUCAUCCAUUUGGGCCGACCCGCCUGCCUUUUUUCAUUAGACUGAUGGUUCCUGGGUUCUUGCGCACUGCUUCACAGGAUUGAAAUCUGAAUUGGUUUGUCCGCCUCUUCCCCAAAAUCUCCUCUGCCUGCGUCUCCUCCUUGGUGUGCUGUUUGUCAUUUAAAUAACAAAUGCGCCCAGUUUUCUGAUUUAGUGAGGGGUGCUGGCCUCUGAUGUAUAUUAAUAUUGCCACACACUGCACUGUACCAGAGUCCAUCAUUCAUUUGGAUAAAAGAGGUGGAAUUUAAAAACAGCCACUGCUGUACAGGGAUACAGAUUGCAUCCAUUUAUUGCACUGAGUGAUGGAAUGGCCAGCCAUUCUGUCCUUCACCUCCCCACGCUACCACGCUGCUUCCCAUAAAACUUAAAAAAGCCUCACCCUUGCCCCUUCAUCCUCGCUGUGGGGGGCAGACAGAAACCGGGUAUUCCUCAUUGGCCUUACCUACAAACCUGCGGAAAACAGGAUUAACCUCACUUGAAAAGAGUUUUAAAAUGGUUAAAGCACCUUCAAGGUACUUUUGCAAAAUCAGUCGUACCUUUUCUCAUCGAGGGGAAAAAGUACUUUUACAAAAAUCCACUUGUCCACUGUUUUUGCCUUUUGUACUGUAUUUCCAUUCAGAGCAUUUUAAGAUGUCUUAUGGCCUGAUUGAACAUUACGAACCAAGGCUUAGAACUGUUAUUUUAAAUAUUAGCAUCUGCAGUGUUAAUGUCAAACAUCACAAUUUAAUACUUGAUUCUUUUUCAGCAGUCAUUCUGUCAUUAUUAUUAUUAUUAUUACUAUUAUUAUUAUUAUUAUUAUUAUUAUUAUUAUUAUUUUCGCUGUUUCUUUUCAUAUGUCCUUGCUUUGCAGUGUAUGUUUAUGUCCUGAAUGUAGUGUCUGGAGUGGGUCUGUUGUGAUUUAUCAUGCAGUGGGUGUCAUCCAAUGUCAGUGUCUGUGGCUGCAUCUGCUCUGUAUAAAUCUUUACUUUGGCGUCUCACAGGGCCAGCUCUCUCUCUCUGCCUGUAUUAGAGUCAGCGAGUGCGGCGCUCGGAAAGAUAUUGUCUGUUUGAUUGUUGAAAUGGCAAUUACUUUCCUGCUUUUAAUUUGUGUUUGUGAAUCCUGGCGAGAGAUCUAAUCAGCCAAGGGCUACAAUGUGUGACAGUGUGAUUUUCGAACGUGUGCUAAGCAGUGUUCCUGGGUGACAGGAUGAGGUGUCUACCAGGGUUCCUCUGGGUAUUGUGCUGCUUGUACCCAGCUGUUGCUCAGGCCCCUCUCUUUACCUCUUUAGCACUUAGCAGACAUUGUGUUGAAGCUAGCUGUGAGAGAACUCAUCAGACUGUUUGGAUUGGACGAGCACUCCACUUUGCAGGUCCAAAUUGGCUGCCAGAAUCACAUCUCACUGUCACUAACCUAACCAUACGAAUACACUUUUCUCUCAAAGUUCUAAACCAGAAACCAUUGCUGUUGGAUUGUUUAUUACACCUUCUACAACAGAACUGCUAAAUUCUCUGAUUCACCAGAAGCUAUAACAGCAGCUUUGACAGUAGUGCUGUAAGGUAAACGACAGAUGUACAGGUGCAUCUCAAAAAAUGUUUAUAUUGUGGAAAAAGUUCAUUUUUUCCAUAAUUUAAUUCAAAAAGUGGAACUUUCAUAUAUUCUAGAUUCCUUACACAGAAAGGGAAAUAUUUCAAGCCUUUUUUGUUUUAAUCUCGAUGAUUACGGCUUACAGCUCAUGGAAAUCAAAAAUUCAGUAUCUCAAAAUAUUAGAAUAAAGAAUUUAUAGUACAGAAAUGUCGACCUGAGAAGAGCUCUAAUCAGCUAACUCAAAACACCUGCAAAGGUUUCCUGAGUCUUUAAUCUCUCAGUCUGGUUCAGUACACACAACCACAGUCAUGGGGGAGAUGAAAGUAAAUGAUGCAUUUCAUUUGGAAAUCAAGGUCCCAGAGUCUGGAGGAAGAGUGAAGAGGCACAGAAUCCAAGUUGAAGUCCAGUGUGAAGUUUCCACAGUCAGUGAUGAGUUGGGGUGCCAUGUCAUCUGCUGGUGUUGGUCCACUGUGUUUUCUCAAGUCGAGAGUCAAUGCAGUGUCUACCAGGAGAUUUUAGAGCACUUCAUGCUUCCACCUGCUGACAAGCUUUAUGGUGAUGCUGAUUUCCUUUUCCAGCAGGACUCGGCACCUGCCCACAGUGCCAAAACUACUAGUAACUGGUUUGCUGACCAUGGUAUUACUGUGCUUGAUUGACCGGCCAACUCACCUGACCUGAACCCCAUAGAGAAUCUAUGAUAGACACCAGACCCAACAAUACACAUGAGCUGAAGGCCGCUAUAAAAGCAACCUGGGCUUCCAGAACACCUCAGCAGUGCCACAGGCUGAUUGUCUCCAUGCCAUGCUGCAUUGAUGCAGUAAUUCGUGCAAAAAGAUUAAAGCCCCGACCGAGUAUUGAGUGCAUAAAUGAACAUACUUUUCAGAAGAUCGACAUUUCUGUGUUAUAAAUUCUUUAUUCUAAUAUUUUGUGGUUUCUACAUAGAAAGCUGCCUUUUUUUUUUGAUUAUUAACUUCACGAAAAAGUUUAUAAUAAUUUUAAUAAUAAAAACGAUUGUUUAUAGCUCUUAUAAUGUAUUAUAAGAGCUCUUAUUAUGUAUUAUAAUAGAUAACAGGAACUUGCACUUUUAAAACAUGCCAUGAUUGGAAAGUAUUCAAAUUGGGGGUGGUAAUUCAUCCACCCAAUCAUUCAUUAUUUUCCUAUACACCCCAUCAUAUUUAGACAUUAGAUAAACAGUGCUUAUUCCAGUUGCAUCCUGAUGACAUGCAUCUGUAAUUUAAUAUUGAUUCAUUUAGUUUGUGAAAUGAUAAAUGUCAUUUUUGUUCAAAGAAGUUCAAAUAAGUAGAUUAUAUGCUUAUAGUUUUAUCAUGAUCUUAUAUUAGAGAUAUGAGACUAAAUCAGACUAUAUUUAAACUAUUCUUUAAAAAAAAAAUUGCAUAGAAGACAAUAAAUGGAUUUUAUCAUUCUUUUUGUAAUGAUCUUGUUAAUAUUGCCAUUUUAAUAAUCAUUUUAAAUUCUGCAUUAGACCUGCAUUAAAUCUAUGCUUGUAUAGUUUGAUGUGUCACUAGAGCAUCAGGUUGAUAUCUUAAAAACCGUGAGUCUCAUUAACCCACUAGCAAGGGCAUACCUUUGUGCUGGAAUGCAAAGCACCAUGCCAGCUUUCAUUUCUAUUUUUGGGCUACCAUUAGAGAGUGUCAUCCCUCUCUCUCUGUCUUUCCUGUGCUGCCCUUUUCUACCUUUCCUCCGUCUGUCUGCCUUUACCCUUCUCUCUCAAUCCCCUAUCUCCAUAUCUUCCUUUCCCCCUCUGUCUUUCUCUCUCUCUAUAUCUCUCUGUCUCUCUCUCUCACGCACACACGCACACACACCCAUGGUGACAGAUCACCUGCGUCUGAGGCCCUGGUGUUCUUGCCCGGCGGUCCGGCCCCCUCUCAUUAAUGCCCACGCUGGUGCGAGGGCCAUAUGGCAGCGCAAGACAAAUAACGCCAGCCCUCAGCCAUCACUUCUGCUGACAGAAAUGCAGCCCACCGCACUAUUUCGCCCUCAUCCGCUCCACUCUGCGUGCCUCCUUCUCCUCCUGCGUCCUUCAAAAGCCCACCACUGAGACGCUUAGUGCCUCUCGCCUCUGCUCUUCUCCCCUCUCUCCUCUCUCCUCUCCCCUCCUCUUCUCUCUUCACCCCUCCUCUCCUCCUUUCCACUCUCCUCUCCUUUUCUGUCCUCUCCCCUCCUCCUAUCCUGCUCUGUCCUGUCCUAACUUCCUCCUUUCUACAUUUUCCUCUCCUUUCUACUCUUCUCCCCUCUUUUCUCACUCUCCUGUCCUUUUUCUAUCCUCUCUCCUCCUGUCCUUUUCUCACAAUUUCUCCAUUUUUCCAUUCCUUUCCUCUGUAAUCUCUUCUUCUAUCCUUUCCUCCUGUCAGUUCAUCGUCCAUGUCCCUACAUCUCAUCUCCUCUUUCUAUUCUCUCCUCUCCUUUGCUCUUGUCCUCUCCUUUCUUCUCUUCCCACCUCUUCUCGCUCACUCCUUUCCUUUUCUAUCCUCUUCUCUCUUCCUGUCCAUUUCUCACAAUUCCUCAAUCUUUCGCUCCUCUUUUCUCCCCCCUCUCUGCCAUCAUCUCUUCUCCUCCUGUCCUUCUCUCAUGCCCCUCUUCUCUUCUUUUCUCUUCUUCAUUUUGUCUAUACUGUCUUCCCUUCUGUCUCCUCUCCUCUUUUCUCUCUCCUCUCCUCUCCUCUCCAGGUAAAGUCUUUGUGCAUGGAGCAGCUGGUAUGGUUUGUAUCAGUGUAAAUCGUGAAAAGCAGUCCGCUUGUAUGUUGGCACACAAUCAAUCAUAAAGCUGUUAUGAAAACCUGUAAUGGUUGACACACAUCAACCAGGUCUAGUGAUAAACACUAGCCUUAACACCUGCUGAAGUACAUUAGAAAGCCACUCAGUCAGGACUUCUGCAGCUUAUUCUGAUCACACUGCAGGGUGGAGUCUAGUCCUUUACUCUUUCAUUAAGUUAUGCCCAUUGUUUAAUUACCUCAGCGUAGUUACUUAUGUGAUCUGGUAUGAACAAUGUAUCUUAUGCACUCGGUUGAAUUUGGGUGUAAGUAUCAUCACCAUGCAUUAUACGUGCUAACCUAAAACUCACUCUUUUAAUAACGGCUGCUGGUUGAAAAUAUAAACUCUUGAUGAUGCCGGAGUGUUUAAGCAUUUUAGAGCCAGCCAGUAGUAAUGAAAUGACACAUUUACUGUUAACCAUUUGCUUUAUUACAACAUCUAUUUUAUGAACAUUUAUGAGAAUGAGCAGCCAGGGGGUUCUAACACUGCUUCGGUAUCGAGUGGUUUUCCGUUUGCCAAAUCUGUCGUCCUCUCCACUAUCUAGUGGAUGUUGCUGUGCUAUAUACAGUAAGCCACACAAAGGGCUAAUCAUUAAAUAGCCAUUCAGUCCUAUUCAUUUAAGUGCAUGAAUCAGGAGCCUCAUUACUGUCAAUGUGUAAUUAGCUGAUUAAUAAACAUUGGACGGGCAGGACUGCAGGAAGUGGUUGGGAAAUAAUUGUUUUUUGAGAGGCUGAACACGAGGAGCCAUUAAAACAUUGAAAUGCUUUUAUUGCUGCUAAGUCAUUACUUUACAAAAUCCAGUACUUCUGUAGCGGGAAUCAUAGCAAUGCUGUUUGUGGAUUCAAAGUUAAAAAUCUUUUUAAUUAAUGCUGUGCAACAUGUGACAAAUUCUGUUAGCAAAAUCCAUAUGAUAAAAUAUCUAAAGCAAGGCCUGGGUUGUAAUGAAAUACUAAUAACUAUCAGAAUUUAAGAGUCUUGACCUUUUCUUAAAUAUUUGAGGGUCAGCCGUUUCUCAUGGUUAUGUGAUUAAGUGUUUGGCUUUGUUUAAGUCAAACACAGCUUACGGUUAGCCAUCAUUCCCUCCAGAAAUAUUAAUCAAUGAUCCUGCCUGCCUUCCUUCCUGUGCUGGCUCAGUUUGGAGGGGAAGUCAUCUGGAAAGAGGCACAGGCAGAUAUAAUGGGAACUAGCAAAAGCACAUGUUAGUGACGGCUGUAUUGCUUAAUCCUGUGAGACAGCCCAGAGCCACAAUGUCAGUUUUAGUUCCCACUUUAGUCGUCUAACCCAGGAGCUCAUCUCAAAAUGGCUGUGUAACAUGAACAAACUUCUGAAGUGACCAACAUAGACAGGACACUCUAAAUGAUGUUUUUAUUUCAGAGCGUGCAGGCAGCAAUAAGGUUGCGCAUUUUGGUUGUUGUGGAAUGAUAAGUGUUGCAUGUAUGUAAUAUUUGAAUUCUGGGAAAGAUAAACUAUCCAUUACGUCUUUGAAAAUAAAAUAUGGAAAUUGUAGUCAUUGUGUUUUAACCUGUUUAAUAUUUGAAUGCACACCUCAGGCCCUCAUUUUCCCCUUUUACUGUUUAAUUUUUACACCCCCAAGUCAUUUCUAUUGCUCCUUUUUUUUUGUUUAGAAUAGUUCACCAAAACCAAAAUUCCAAAAUUGAACUAAAAAAAACGUUAAAAAGCUUGGAGUUUGCUAUUUAUAAGAUUUUUAUGAACACCUAUGGCAAAGAUGUUUCAGCAUAAUGACAUAGAUAUACUAUAUGGCCAAAAGUAUGUGGACACCUGUUGCAAACAAACUGUAGCCACAAAGUUGAAAUCACACAACUGUCUAGUAUGCUGUAGCAUUACAAUUUCCCUUCACUGGAAUUAAGGAGCCCAAACCGGUUCCAGCGACAAUGCCGCUGUGCAACUCAAAGCGAGAUCCAUGGAGACAUGGUGUGGAAGAACUCGAGUGGCCUGCAUAGAUCCCUGACCUCAACCCCAGUGUACACCUUUUGGAUAAACUGGGACGCUGACUGCACUUCAGGCUUCCUUGCCUGACGUCAGAGCCCGACCUCACUAAUGCUUUUGUGGUUGAAUGGGUACAAAUCCCCAGAGUCAUGUUCCAAAAUCGAGUGGAAAUCACAUAUGGGUGUAAUAGUCAGAUUUCCAUAUACGUUUGGCUAUAUAGUGUAUCUCGUCACCAUUAUGUGACUUGGACAUACCAGAAGUUACAAAUAUACAGCGCUACACAGUCAGUUGUCAUGACUGUGCACCCAAGACGAUCUGGAAAUUGUCACAGAAGACUCUUCGUUACUUGUCUUGGGUGUCAUGUCAACUUGACAACAAAAUUAGCCAAAGCAGUCUUUAUGGCAGAUGAUGCCAACCCUAAAUGUAAUAUUUUAGUCAUUGUUAUAAAUGUAAUAGUUUGUUUAUAUUUAUGUAGGUUUAUGUCAGUCAAGAAGAGCUCAUUUAAGGGCUAAUGUUGCAUUUUUUUAAAAAGUCAGUGUAAAUUUGCUCAUCAACUGAUUUGCUCAUGUGCUGGUUAAUCUAGUUUCCAACAGGAUGAUAAAGUUAAAGCUAAAAUCUUCCAAAAAAAAAAAGAAACUAAUCCCCGUACUGAGAUUUCACUGAUAUUUUUCC